AUGGAAGUGAUCUGUGAGGGCGAGAAGGGUCAGUUCCGGGCCAACGCGGACCAGAUCGGCUGGCGAGGCGCAUCAGGCGCCACCAGGGUGAACGCAGCCAGCUCCGUGAGAAGGGCUGAGUGGUUCGAGGGCAGCCUGCGCCUGCUGUGCGAGGAGAGCGGCCAGGCGGAGGUCUUGGCGUUGGAGGGCUUCAAGGAUGCGGACUUCGAUGCCUUGUGGAAAUACCUCGAGCAGACCUGCGGUGUGUACUUGAAAAAGGUCAAGCCCAAGGCAGCGUUGGAAGAGGCAGACUUCGAUGCUGCGAUGCGCAGCAUUGAGCAGGCAGCGGACCGCGUGGACGAGACCGCGCCGGGCUCGGUGCAGAAGAAGGCGAAGGAGGCGGACCUCAUGAAGAAGGUAGAGAGUGUCCGUGAUGGCCUGGACACUGCGGUGAGCGGCGACAAGCAGGCGCUGAGCCGCGUCUUCGCGGCCAACGGCUGCGAGCGCGUGGGCCGCCUGCGGUUGGUCGUGGACACCGUGCAGCUGGAGGUCUACGACACAGACCCCAGGUGGAAGCACCUACUUAGCAAGUGUAACACCAUUGAGGCGGUGCUCAAAGAACUGGGCACUUUCCGCAAUUGGAAGCCCAGCGCGGAGUGCCAGCAUUCCGAGAGCCUGCUGAGGCGCGCCAUGGUGCGGGAGCUUCGCUACCGGCAUGGGGAAGAACCGGAGGCGCAGGUGGAGCCGAACGCAGUGGCCCAAGAUGAGGACGCGCAGGGCUGGGGCGAAGCCAGCUAUGCGACCUACGCGGAGGAGGAGGUGUAUCCUGUACAGCACCCCCAGCCGCUACCUGAGCCCGAGCCAACAGCAGGCUACGGCUACUCCGAGCCGGCAGCAGCCCCAGCCCCAGCCGCACCUCAGGUGAAGGUUCCAGUCAUAGACGAAGGUCAGCGCAAGCGCUACGAAGAUGAGGAGGUCAGCGACCCCAACAGCGUGCGCGCCGGCGCCCCGGACGACGAGGUGGACGAGGCCACCAGGCGAAUGCGCUAUACCUAUCCCAAUAGCAUCCUUGAGGGGUGGGUUUGGAAGAGGAGUCGUAUCCUCAAGCGCUGGCGCCGAAGAUGGCUCGUGUUGCUGCCCGGCGAGCUGAUGACCUUCAAGUAUCGGGGACAUCGGGAACCCACAGAGGUGGUGCCUGCCGGGACUGUCAUGCGGAUCUACAGCGCAGACGGAGAGGUGCAGCAAGCCCGUUGUUUCUGUGUGGUUGUGCGCGAAAGGAAUUAUUACAUGGUCUGCGACGACGAAACUCAGAAGCGUGGGUGGAUGCAGCAGAUCGAGAAAUCGCUUUGCCAACGACGGUGA